AUGGCGCCUAUGGCAGAGGCAGAUAUACGCUUGGAAUCAACCAAAGGCUCCUUAGCAGGCACCGUUGCAUCUAGAACAGCGUUGGCCGAUUUAGGUUCUGGUCACAACGGCUCUUCAACAUCUUACGAGAGUCUUUCAACUAAAAAUGUCCAUGACGCUGAAGCACAACACGAGUGGGAGAAAGUGGCUUUAAAUCUUCGACCGCAUGGUGUGAGUCAGAGGGUUGAUACACCACUGAAGAGCCAAGAUGCGGCCGAGGAAAGCAAUGGACCGGCGCCGGAAGUAUAUCGAGAAAAAGUACGGGGGCCUUCAUCUUUCGGUCUUGGGAUAAAGUUAGAUGGAACUAGGGAAGAUGGAGUAGAGGAAGCGGGUUGUUCUAGCGCCGAAACUGUUCAAACACCGUCAUCCCAGCUCCGGAAAACCAAUCAAGAAAAAGGCUCCAAAUUGUCCCCGUCUCAAAUCAAGGAGCUCAUUUCGUCUCCAGAGUCAGUCCCGAUAUCAAAGGUAUCGCACAAUUUUGAUAAGGAAGAUGCCGCCACUGCUUUUACGUACAAGCAUCCCUUGUCCUCAAGUGAAAACACGGAUGAAAACAUGACUAAGGCCAGAUACAAGGCCGAGUUCUUAAGGUCAAUCAGUGGAAGCUUUUACCAGAAACGAGGAUCAAAAGGACCAAGUCAUUUGGACGAUCCCCCUAGCUUUCUCAUUUCAACUGAAGACGGGCCUAUGACUGCUCCUAUUGGCCAACGAUCACACGCUUCCCGCAUGGUGACCAGUCCAGCUGUUUUUCCGAGGCGGAACUCAGUAAGCGAUGAACAGCGAUUGACAUCCAAUCCGUCUGUCCGAUCAAAGCAUAAGGAGACUCCUAACCAUAUUGAAGUGCCGGAGCAUAAAUUACUCGCGGAGGAUCCCAACCCUUCUCCAAUGCCUCAGUCAAUACCUCUACCGCCCUUGUCUAUUCCCACAUAUUUAGAGCUAGAGCUUUCUUCCCAACCACCACCCGGAUACAUAUAUCGCUCCGUGGCAAGUCAAUAUACAUAUGAAUCUUCGCGUGUGAAGAUCGAGCGACUCCUAAAUUUCCUCCUGCUUCCUCCUGCUCUAGAACAAGUUUUAUGGUUUGGAGCGCUAGCGUGCCUUGACUCGUGGUUGUAUGCCUUCACAAUUCUGCCACUACGGUUUGCCAAGGCACUUUACAUUCUUGUGUCUUCCUGGGCUAUUAAUAUAUCUGGAGAAACUCGAUCCAUCAGUGCCUUUAUCGUCAAAGGGGUUGGUCGAGUGUGGCGAAGACGAUUUCGGAAUGCCAACAACGCGCACUCUGGUUCGGCGCACGAUUCACAUCAUGGGAGUGUAGCAGGAUCUAACGGCUCGACGAUUGUGAAUGGAAAUGCGGACACGAAUCUGCAAGCUCGACAGAAUGGUGGCAAGCGACGUAAAGCGUCAGCGCAGCCAAAACAUCGAAGACAGAAAUCAAUUCCAUCCGCGUUGUCGGAGCACGACAAAGCGGACAUUUUGAAAGGGUUUCUUAUUAUUUGCACUUGCCUCGUCCUAAAUUCAUUUGAUGCCAGUAGAAUGUAUCAUUGGAUCCGAGGGCAAAAUGCUAUAAAGCUCUACGUCAUCUAUAAUGUGCUGGAAGUUGGUGAUCGUCUCCUUUCUGCCAUUGGGCAAGACGUUCUCGAAUGUUUAUUUUCCAGCGAAGCGCUCUCGAGGGGACAUGACGGUCGAAGCAAAGUCGUCCGCCCGUUCUGGCUCUUCGUGCUUGCUCUUGCAUAUACCACAUCGCAUGCGACUGCGCUUUUCUAUCAGGUGAUCACACUGAACGUUGCUGUGAACUCCUACUCAAAUGCCUUGAUAACACUAUUGUUAUCCAACCAGUUCGUUGAGAUCAAAUCGACGGUAUUCAAAAAGUUUGAGAAGGAGAAUCUGUUCCAGAUGACGUGCGCAGAUGUCGUGGAACGCUUCCAACUCUGGCUCAUGCUUACCAUAAUUGCGUCCCGGAAUAUUGUGGAAACUGGGGCAUUCACCUCCUGGUUUACUGUGGGGUCUGGUAUGAAAGAUCAUGUAGGAACGUCGAUCACUAAUAGCACUCCGUUAACUACCUCUCCGCGCUCAUCAACAUCGAUUCUUCCUCAAUCCUUCACCUUCUUACCAUCUACAAUAUUCACUUCCUUGACAGGUGGUGCCAACUCGUUCGUCGCUCAGUUUGCUCAAGUGCUUGGUCCAUUUCUGAUUGUUCUGGGAUCAGAGAUGUUUGUGGAUUGGCUGAAGCAUGCAUAUAUUAAUAAAUUCAACAAUACUCGGCCGGCGAUUUACGGGCGAUUUCUCGAUGUUUUAGCCAAAGACUACUAUACAAAUGCAUUUGCGGACCAGAAUCUUGCCAAAAGACUUGGCCUUGCGGUUAUUCCAAUGGCUUGUCUGUUUUUCCGCGUCUCUGUGCAGACAUAUCAAAUGUUUUUGCAGGCACUACUACCGAUGCAAGCGUCUUCAACUGAGUACAGUGCAUCGUUGACAGCUAUGCACGAACAUUAUUCGAAUUUACCACAACCGUCGUCUCCCCCUAUGCCUUUGACCGUUCAAACGGUCGUGUCGAGCUCAAUUGAACGACUCUCGUGGAUCUUUAACACUAUUGUUGAGAAUGCCAUCCCCUCGCCGAUUCAGUCCGUGACGUUCUUCACCAUCGUUCUUGUGCUCACCGGUUACCUCAUCCUUCUUAUCUUCAAACUAACACUGGGAAUACUCCUUCUAUCCUACUCCCGUUCCCGCUACAAAUCGAUGAAGGAACGCGAACAGAAACAUUUUUUCGGCAGGCGGAGAGGAUCAUCAGUUUCUCAGAAUACACAGCAAUACCAGCAGCAGCAACAACAAAACGAACCAUCUCAUGUCCCCAGUGGCCGGGAUUACAAUGUCGAAGGCGGUCGACGAGUUGGCGGUUGGGGUGUGGUCGAAGUUGAUGAGGACAAGAGACGCUGGAUCUACGCCGACGACCCGAACGCACUGCGAAAGCUAAAAGAGCGCGAGCUAAAGGACAAGAAUUCUUCAGCCAAGGACAGUGGGUUCAUGUUGGGUCUUGACAAGGUGAACCGAUAUGAUAUGGUUGCCAAACGAAUUUGGUAG